CACGUAAAUAAACAUGAGUACUGAGUUAGUGCACAAGUGUGUCAACCUCAAGCUGCUACCUAGAGUGGAAGAACUUAUUCAUGAAGUGUUUGUGAAAUUGUUUGUCUACAAUCUUGUAGUGACGUGUUGACCGGCACAACCGUGACAUUGUACAGCAGAAUGGGUGGGAGUCACAGACGCGGUGUACGAAUCCUCUUGAUAGGGGAUGCAGGAGUUGGCAAAACAUCUCUCAUUCUCUCCUUAGUCUCUGAAGAAUUUCCUGAGCAGGUUCCACCACGUGCUGAGGAAAUAACAAUCCCCCCAGAUGUGACCCCAGAGAAGGUCCCCACUCACAUUGUGGACUAUUCUGAACGUGAACAAAGUGUUGAUCAGCUGCGCACUGAGAUCAACCGAUCUGAUGUAAUAUGUGUGGUGUACAGUGUUGAGGAUGAGGACACAUUAGACAGAGUGACAGGUCACUGGCUUCCCCUCAUCAGAUCAACUUUAGGGCAGCAGCACCAUACACCAGUCAUCUUAGUUGGCAAUAAAGUUGAUCUUGUAGAUUAUUCAACUAUGGAAAUUGUGUUGCAGACUAUGAUGGAAUAUCCAGAAAUUGAGACAUGUGUUGAAUGCUCAGCAAGAACCCUCAAGAACAUUUCAGAGAUGUUUUAUUAUGCUCAGAAAGCAGUACUUCAUCCUACAGCACCUCUAUAUAUACUCGAGGAAAGAGAUCUGACAGAAAAGUGCAAGAAAGCAUUAAUAAGAAUUUUUAAGAUUUGUGACACUGACAAUGAUGGCCUCCUUAAUGAUCAGGAACUCAACACCUUUCAGCGGCGAUGUUUUAAUGCUCCUCUUAAUCCUCAGGCCCUAGAAGAGCUCAAAACAGUUGUACAGCGAAAUGUAUCAGAUGGUGUUCAUGCUGAUUCUCUUACCUUACGAGGCUUCCUCUUUCUCCAUCGCUUAUUUAUUCAACGUGGUCGCCAUGAGACAACAUGGACUGUUUUACGAAAAUUUGGCUAUAAUGAUAACCUUCAGCUCUCAAAGGACUAUUUAUUUCCUCCAUUACGAAUACCACCUGGCUGCAGCACUGAGCUUAACCAUGCAGGCUAUUCCUUCCUCACAAGUCUUUUUGAAAAAUAUGACCGUGACAUGGACAAUGCAUUAAGCCCUCAGGAGCUCAUUGAUCUCUUCUCCACUUGUCCUGUCAUGCCUUGGGGUCCAGAUGUCCUCAAUUCAGUUCAUACAAAUGAAAAAGGUUGGAUUACAUUACAAGGUUUUUUAGCCCAGUGGACGUUAUGGACUUUACUAGAUAUUCAGAGAACUUUAGAAUACUUUGCAUAUCUUGGGUAUUGUGGAUCUGGUGAUGACAAUCAGCUAUCUGCCAUCACAGUAACGCGGGAGAAAAGAAUUGACCUGCAAAAGAAACAGACAAUGCGGAAUGUGUAUCAGUGCCACGUUAUUGGGCCCCGUGAUGCUGGCAAGACAACCUUCUGUCAGGGACUUCUAAGCAGAUCCUUAGAGGAAGUUCAAGAAAUUGCUCCAGAUAGAUUGUCACGGCACACCAUCAGUACAUUACAAGUUUAUGGCCAAGAAAAAUAUUUAGUUCUUCACGAUAUAGAUGUUCACAACAUAACUGAUGCCCUCAUGCCUAAUGAAGUCCAGUGUGAUGUAGCCUGCUUAGUAUACGAUGUUUCAAAUCCUAAGUCAUUUGAAUAUGUUGCUAGAAUAUAUUUGAAAUAUUUUAGUGAAACCUCCAUCCCAGUAUUGUUUGUUGCCAAUAAGAGUGACAUGUCUGCUGCGCGUCAAGACUACAUUCACCAACCAAUAUCCUUUUGUCAUAAACACAAGAUCCCUCCACCACACACAUUCUCCUCAGCUGUCCAGCCAAAGAAAGACAUCUUCACCAAGCUGGCAACAAUGGCUGCAUACCCUCGAUUUCAAGCUGCUUGGAUGCUCUUUUAUCGAAGCAGUACUCUCCGCCGUUUAGUGCACAUGCUUCUGUUGCGGCCAGACACGUCUUAUAUGACAAGGCACCUGAAGCAGCUAGGUGUGGUUGUUGGUGAACAUAGUACCUGGCUGAAGGUUGGUUUAGGAGUGGCUGCCAUUGCUGCCUUUGCUCUCCUCCUGGCUAGAGCAUUGCGCUCAUCUGAUAGAUAGUAUAUUCGUUGCACUUACUAUACUUAAAUUCUUCAGAAUUUGUUGCCUGGUCUAGAAAGUGGCCAUUUGGAGUGGACAUAGGCACAUAAUUUAUUAUUGUGCAGCUGUGCCAUCUGGCAUAUAGAAUAUGCUGUUUACAAAUAUGGAAUAUCAUUGUGUUGGGUGAAAGAAGUGAUUUCAAUUUAUAUGCUAAUAUAGAAUAAGGAGUAUUUUUUUAGAAUUUUUUUAUUUAAACAAAGAUGUACAAGUCUUGCUCAUUAAUCAAUUUUGUGAAUUGCAUUCAAUGUGGAAUUUUAAUCAUUAUUGUAAUAUGCUGGAUAUUUUACUAUUACAACAGGUAAAAUAUGGUACCCUUGGACUAAAUCAUCCAUCACGGAGAAUGCCUCUUAUGGUUACAUUUAUGGGUGUUUUAUUAGUAAAUAUGACUAUGUUUCUUAUGACAGUGGAAGACAUUGUUUGAAAAGAGCUAGGUGCUGAAGUCAUUUUCUUAUUUUUCUAAUUAACACUUUCCUGAUCCCAGUGGCAGGACCCCCCCGGUAAACCAAACGUGAGCUGCUCACUCCCGCCCACACACAGUGCAGAAAAGUUCAUGGACAUUUAAGUUUGUGACACUAUUUUCACUCGUACAGUUAGUUAUUUACCUUGUAGUGAUAUCCCCGUUAGCCGGAAUAAUUGGUGCAGAGUUCUUCCUGGAAUAAGAGAUUUCCGGGUAUUGAGACAAAUUUCUCAUUCCCAGAAAAAAUCCUACAUCCCAGGAAUUUUUCCGGGAACUGGGUUAAGAUUUCCAAGAGAGUAAACUACGCCUCUCGCAUGGACAGACACAGAGCUGUAUUUAUUUAUGCAAAUGCCACUGUACAUGUAUAAUAUAUUGUAAAGAAACAAAAUAUACUGUACUGAACUCUCCAGCAGAUGCUGUUGUUCUGAGCUUAUGAUAUGAUUCAGGCCGGCCAAAUAGUGAUAUGAUGAUACAGAAUGGCCUGCCUUUGUCCUGUACCAUCAACUGGAGCAGGUGUUACUCUCACGCUCUUCUCCCUCCAUGAAGGGGGGAUUGUACAUGCGCUAUAUACUACACAUACACCUCUACACACUGGCCUGCAGUAGGUAUACACUGUCCACCCUGCUGAAUGUACAGUACAGUAUACAUAACUGUAACCACUUUUUACAUCUGAACACUGUAUUCUUGGCUGAUUGCAUCCUGGUACAGUAAUGUACAGACUGCAUAACACAAAUUGUAUGCAAAAACAGCAGCUAGUGAGGGAACAACCUUGCACAAUGGCAGUGCAAGUUACCCAAGUAGCUUGCCCACCCACGUGCCUGGCAAGUGGGGCUGCAUCGGAACAUGAUGCAGUCUCUGAACUCCUGGAAAAAAAAUUUCCAUGCCCAUAACAAAGAAACUUUCUCAAAAUUUUCCUGGAAAAUGUGCAUGAUUUCAACCUCUGAAAUCGUUCCCAGUAAGUAGAGGUUUGGAGAGAUUUUCUUAGAAUUUUAACGGAAAAUGUACCUAAUUUUCAUCCUUGAAAACUCGUUCCCAUGCCUAGAAUGGAAAGUUUUCCCGGCUCAAUUUUAAUUCCAGCUAUUGGAGAGUUCCAGAAACCUGGGAUUUCAACUAACAUGGAAAUUACCGUAUUAAUUUUUAAACGAGUGUUCUAUAUUACUAUAUAAAAAAUGAGAAAAUCACCUGUCAGUGAUAUCAGCUGCAAGCUUGCAACAUCAUAAAAAUCCUCAUCAGAUGUCCCCAUUUAAAGAAUGAAUUUUAUGGUAGAUGGUGUAAGAAAUACUCCUGCAUACUUUUUCUUUACAUUUUCAAGCUUCUGAAUAACAGAAGUGUGUGUCACUGCUUUUCUUGUAUGUUUCCCUUUCCUUUUAAUUUUAAUAAGGACAAAGAACACUAAACCUUUUGAACAAAUUUGGCAUCUCUCCCCCAACCUUGGAUAGUGGAUACUGAGUAGUUGGAGAGGCUACCUACCACUCACUAAUGCACGUACUAUAUACUCACAAACAGUACCACAGAAAAUGCAUGCUGUGGCAAACUAUUUAAGCCAUAACCCAAGCAAAUUGUUCUACUUUUUUAUAUAUCUGUUGAACUUUUAAAGUGGAUGCCGAAAUACUCGGCGAAGGAACCUUCACGUAACCUUUUUGGAUGCCAAACGUUUCAACAAGGGUCCUGGAAAGUGUUAAUUUAUUUCAAUUCUUAAAUAAUUCCCUGUUUAUUUAUAUGCUAAAUAUUCAUGAUUAUAUAUAAAGAACUGGUAAUUUGAAGUCGUACUGUAUUUUCAAACUUAAAAACUCCCAGUAUGAUUUCCUUUUGUAGAGUUUGUCCAGUACUAAAUUCAUGUUAUCAUUUCAGUGUAUCAUGAGUAGUAUGAAUUGGAGUCCUUUGCCAUUUGGCAUGAUAAGAAGUACCAGUAUGAGAUGAUUUGAAAUUGGCUUUAAACCCAGCCUAGUGUAUUCAGGUACAACUUGUAGUUCAUGUGAGAUACAUUUUAUAUUUAUUUAUUUUUUGUUAAGUUACCAUUUCAUUAUAAUGUAUAUAACGGUAGUUAAAUGAAACUGAUAUUUUAAUAACAGUAUUAUUUGUUAGCAAAUCGGAUAUAUUUACCAUAGCUCAAGUCGAGGUAUGAAUUGUAAAACUUACACAACUUUUACUUUGUUAAAAAUAUUUAUAUAUUAGAUAAUUUCACCCAAGAGUAUCCAAUAAGCAUUAGAGUACAGUUAUAAUAUAACUGUACUGUAUUGAGGUCCCGUAUGAAGUGAACUGUAUGUUACUACUUACGUUGAAAAAAAAAGCUAAUAUUUCCUCCUGACUUUUCCCACCAAUCUCUUCAGUACUAUAUUACAGUGGAACCUAGGAAAUUCAUAAAUCAGUUAGCCAGAAGCCUCAGGAAACUGGCACAUUUGAAAACUAAGAAAAAGAAAAUGAAACAAAAUUAACAAAGUUCUCAAAAAGAACAGACAAGACACUUUAAUAUAAACAAUCAUAAGUCAAAUAUGUAUGUGGUAGUGAUUGCUUCAUGAUUUUGUGGACUCAAAUGACAAAAAUAUGUCAAUCACCAAAAACCCUAUGGCCAUACCAACCAUUUCUUGUUUAUAUAAAUACUUUAUGUGGCGAAGCAAACUGCUUUGGUUAGGGAGACAUCAGUUUGGCAGUGCAAGUUGUAUUAUUCUUUCCAGUAGUAUACACCUUUCCUUCCCACAACAAUACACUAAGUGUGUAAAUGUUAACAAUCAUUCUGCAUCGUUCUGAAACGAUACAUCUUUAAAAUAAACCUUAAUUCACUUUAGGUUUAACAGAAAUGCUUCAUUGUUUUGUAGUUUUAUUUUGGGAGUGCCAAAGUGGGAGUAACUUUGUUCAGAAAGUUUGCAAGCCUUAUAUGCUCUUGAUUCAGCAUUUCUGGAUUUCCAAGGUUAUACUGUACUAUAUUGAAUUUGUAUCGGGUGUAUAUUAUAGAUAAUUUGCUCAUCAGUAUUCUACAACAGUAGGUAACAAGCUUAUGUGCUAGACAAAUGAUAAUUCAUAUGAAAAUAUCCAUAUAUUUAAAGAGCCUGUUUCAAGUAGAAUAUUCCUGUAAUACACAUCAUUAUAGACUUGUGGUACUUGACUAACAAAUGUGCAAUAUUAUUUCCAUUUUCAAAAUCAUUGGUAUAAUUUAUAUGUUCUUUAAUUUGGAAUAAACAACAUGAAAUAACAAAUUUGACAGUGGAAAUAUAUCCUGGUAUAUUUGGGCAAGACUAGAGGAAGUAGCAAUGUGCAUAGCAUUACAUGUACAGUUUCCAAUGAUACAGAUAUUACAAAGUCCAAAAAAUAUGCUCAUAAUUUGAAAAA